UACCCAGUGCCACUCAUGAUCUUAUCUAUCUAUCUAUAUAAGGCAGUUAGUCAGUCAUAUCGAGCAACCUAAGCUACGCUAAGAUUCCUACUACCUAGCUACCUACUAGUUUGAAUUGGCUAUCUGGCUAGCUGUAUCGUUAAUCUCAUUAUAUAUAUAUAUAUAUAUAUGAUGUCAAUGAGCAGCAGCAGCAGCAGGUUGAGGAGUGUGGAGGAAAGGCUGCCAGCGGGAUUCAGAUUCCAUCCAAGAGAUGACGAAUUACUCUGCGAUUACCUCCUCAAUUGGGUACUCGGAUUCCAUCACUCCUCCCCUACCCCUACCCCUACCCCUACCCCUACCCCUACCCCUAAUCUCUUGGUCCAGGUCGACCUCAAUAACUGUGAGCCUUGGGAUCUCCCUGAGAGUGGUUGUGUAGGGGGCAAGGAAUGGUACUUCUACAGCCAGCGGGACAGGAAGUACUCGACGGGGACGAGAACCAAUCGAGCCACCAUAUCAGGCUACUGGAAGGCAACCGGCAAAGACCGCCCCGUCUUCCGCCGCCACCUCGUCGGCAUGAGGAAGACCCUCGUCUUCUAUCAGGGCCGCGCCCCCGCCGGAACUAAGACCCACUGGGUCAUGCAUGAGUUCCGCCUUGAAGGGCCCACCGUGCCUGCCGCGGAGGACUGGGUUCUAUGCAGAGUCUUGUACAAGAAAGCUACACCCCCGGAAGGAGGAGGGGGAGGAUUCAUGGAAGUGCCAAUCGGACACAACAAUCAGCAUGUGCCCUGCUUCUCCAUUUUCAGGCCUAAUCAGAUGACGAGCCCUGCUCUUACUGAUCACAACGGCAGUUCAUCAUCAAUUAGGGCGUCGCCGGUUGAGCUUGGACUAUAUAACUGGAAUCCUUCUUCGUCAUCAAACGAUUCAUGUUAUGAUGAGGAGAUUAUGAGGGCGGCGUGGAACAAUCAUCUGAUGAUCAUGUCAAAAGUGGACAGCAACAAUAGUAAUGGUUAUAAGGACUGUGACAACAAUAGCAGUGGAUUAAUGAUGAAGGGAUUCCCAAGCAUUGUGUAAGGAAAGAAGUUCAUAUGCUACUACGACGACGACAUCUACAUUCUACAGCCUACCACUCGAUGCUCAAGUACUUGUAAUUUCUAUGAUGUGAACAAAAUGUAGACGGUAUUUUGGAGUUUUGCCUAUUGUAGUAUAAUCAAUACCAAGUAUUACAUGUAUGCAAGGUCUUUCUCGGUGGCUAGCUCAUUAGGAGCGGAGAUAUUCGAUGAGAUUAUGGCAUAUAUAUGUUUAAGUGGUUAUGUAAUGCGUUUUGUAUUUAAUAAGAUCAAAGUUUCCUCCUUGGAACA